AUGAACCCUCACAUAUCUGUUCCGCGUCAACAUGCCUCUUCCUCCAAUUUAGGUGGCACCCCUCCGGCAAACCGCGGUUCCAGUGUGCGGAUGCCGCGAUUUUUCAAACGAUUGUUCAAGUUUCCACAGAUGGACUUUGAGAUGGCCAUCUGGGAGAUGACAUCACUGCUUAUUGCACCUAAGAAAGUCUUCAAAUCAAUAUAUUAUCAUGUAGGUGGUAUCUGGACAAAGCACGCUUCUCAUCAUGGAUCUAUGUUGCUAACGGUGCUUUCCAACCCCCCACAGAAGCAGACAAAAAACACCUGGCAUCGCCCCGAUCCGUCGUUUACAUAUCUCCUUUCCUUCUUUCAUCUCCUCACAGCUCUCGCAUGGGGCCUCGCAUAUGCGCCAUCAUUCGGGUCAAUAGUCCGCCUAUCUCUGCUAUUUAUCUUCGUCCAUUUCAUUGGGUCUUCGUUAUUGGUAUCGACUAUUGGGUACUUUGUGAUCGGCCGACUUUUUGGUCCAAAUGGAGCCGCGGCUUCUUUCACCGGACUGAGGGGUGGACGUGGACGGAGGCGCGGCGCGGCGCAAGGCUUGUUCAUGCAGCCGGGGGAGAAGGAUCAGCUGGAGUUUGGGUACUGCUUUGAUGUUUCCAUCCGGGCAUUUUUCCCUCUGUAUCUUCAUCUCUACGUCGUACAGUUCCUUCUCCUCCCAGUGCUUACCCACAGUCCCAGCAACUUCCUUGCCACGUUCCUUGGGAACACGCUUUACCUCUCUGCUCUAACGUACUACACCUAUAUCACUUUCCUGGGCUAUAACGCGUUGCCAUUUUUGCAUAACACCGAGCUGCUCUUGCUUCCGAUCCUGGGCUUUGCGAUCACGUGGCUUGUCAGUUUGAUUGCGGGAUGGGGCAUUGUGGCUCAGGGACUUGGCGUGGAGGGGCUGUUUUGGGGAGCCUGA